CGCGCCACGCGAAAGAUGAAGCGGCGGAUCGACGACAUGAAUGCGCUGCAGGCCGGCGCGUCGCACGACGAGGCGCUCGAGAAGGAGCACGAGGAGUCGACAAAGGUCAAGAACAUCCAGACGGUCGAGAUCGGCCGCUUCGAGGUGGACACGUGGUACUUUUCGCCCUUCCCCGACGAGUACGCGCAGCAGCGCAAGCUCUACAUCUGCGAGUUCACGCUCAAGUACAUGAAGCGGCGCAGCACCUACCUUGCGCACUGCGAGCGCGAGCAGUCACGCCAGCCGCCCGGCCAGCUCAUUUACCGCUGCGACGCGCCGCCGCUGCGGCGCGAGUGCCUCGCGGCGGGCAUGGAGCAGCCGAAGCAGCUGUCCGUCUUCGAGAUCAACGGCUCCGACUCGAAGGUGUACUGCCAGUGCCUCUGCCUGCUCGCAAAGCUCUUCCUCGACCACAAGACCCUCUACUACGACGUGGACCCCUUCCUCUUUUACGUGCUCUGCGAGGUUGGCGCCGACGGCGGCCACCGGAUCGCGGGCUACUUCUCCAAGGAGAAGACGUCGAGCGAGCACAACAACAUCGCGUGCAUCCUCGUCCUCCCGCAGCACCAGCGCAAGGGCUACUCCAAGCUCCUCAUCGACUGCGCCUACCAGAUCUCGAUCCGCGAGGCCAAAGUCGGCUCGCCCGAGAAGCCGCUCUCGGACCUCGGGCUGCUCUCCUUCCGCUCCUACUGGACGCAGAUCCUGCUGCAGACGCUGAGCGACCACCGCGGCAACCUCUCCGUCAAGGAGAUCUCGAUGAUGACCUCCAUCACCACGGACGACAUCAUCUCGACCCUCCAGUCGCUCAACCUGAUCAAGUACUGGAAGGGGCAGCACGUCAUCUCCGUCUCGCCAAAGAUUGUCGACGAGCACCUCAAGCUCCACCCGCCCGGCACCUCUUUGCGCUGCGACCCGUCCAAGCUCACCUGGCAGCCGCCCGCCGAAGACGCCCUCGACAAGUGAGGCUGAAGUGAGGUGUGCUCGGGGUGCGCGGCUCCGCUCUGGGGCAGCGCGCAUGCAGUGUUCACUUUGUCCAUGACCGGGGGGCGGCGGCUUGCGCGCCCACGCUUGCGCGCUACCGGUGUACCACGCGGCGUGUCGGAGGGCACUUGUAUUCAUAGGCUAGCGUUUGGGGGCUAGAGUGGGGUGACGCAGGGCGUCGACAUACGUAACGUACGCGAUACGGGGAGGUGGGUGUCCUCGUACUGGGUUGUGGGGGCUU